GUCCGGGCGCAUCGUCCCGUCCCCAUCCUUCCUCAUUCCAGGAUCUAUUUCAGCCAAUGGGCAAUGGCGGGCUUCCCAAUCCCAAGUCCAGUAGAGCACCCCGCGCGCGAGCUUCUUCCAGUUCUCCCGCCACCGCCAUGGCGUCGCCAGCGACUGCGAAGCCCAAGACCACCAAGAAGCACAGCGCGCGCCUCAACAACCCCUUCCCGCGCGCCGUCCCGGCCUCCGCUUUCCGCAGCGGCGAUGCCGCGCCGCCCCUCUCCUUCGGCCCGUUGUCCAAGCUCGCCCACGCCCACGAUUACCCCGUCGGCUCCCGAUUCCGCCUGAGCUGGAAUCCCUCGCUCGGCGGAGCGGUCUCGCUUGCACGGGUCUCCUCCUCCUCCUCCGGCGGCGAGCCUCCCAGCCGCGUGAUGUGGGAGACCAUCCCCGGCGUCGCCUUCGUCUCCGCGGCUUCCGCCACCACCGAGGCCGACGAGUGCCGCGGGUCGUUCGCGCUCCGUGACGGACGCGCCCGCCUUGUCCCCGACCGCCAGAGCGUCGACAGGAUCAGGGCCUUGUACCGCCGCGACGUGGAGACCGGCGCCGACUCCCUGCGCGGCGCCGUCUUCGAAGCGUCUGACCAGACACGGUUCCCGGUGCUGUUGAUCACCGGGGUCGUGUCUGCGAAGAAGGCGGAUCCGGCGUCGUCGUGCUGCUGCGGCCUGCGCGCCAGGGCUCGCGCUGGAAAGCCGGUCCUGUCAGCGAGGUACUGGGUCUUCCUGGAGGAGAAGAGCGACACGCAAGUGUCGUUCAGCGUCAAGAUCGCCGACUACCAAUGGAGCUGCGGCCACGCCGAUCCUUCGAGUCCAACACCGGCGGCCACGACAGCUCCAAGGCCCCACCGGAUCACCCUCCUGAGCCUUCGGCUCCGCCUGGCAGGGCGAAUCCAUAGGAACAUGAGCAAGAAGAAGAAGCUCUCCGCCGGGUUCCCGCCCCAGCCCCAGGAGGAGGUCUCAGCGCUGCUGCCGUCGCCAGAGAGAGCGUCGGCGGACGAGGAGGCACGGCCGGAAGAGUUCAACCGGGUGUUCCUCACGUACGCGAGCGACCGCGACGAGCGGUUCUACGGCUUCGGCGAGCAAUUCAGCUACAUGGAGUUCAAGGGGAGAAGGGUGCCCGUUCUUGUGCAGGAGCAGGGGAUUGGCAGGGGAGACCAGCCCAUCACUUUCGCUGCCAAUCUCAUCAGCUACAGGUCGGGAGGAAACUGGAGCACCACGUAUGCUCCAUCUCCUUUCUACAUGACCUCCAAGAUGAGGUCCUUGUACCUGGAGGGAUACGAUUAUUCUAUAUUUGACCUCACAAAGCCUGACAGAGUGCAGAUUCAGGUUUACGGGAAUUCGGUUCAGGGAAGAAUACUAGAGGGAGAGUCACCGACCGAGCUGAUCACGAGCUACACGGGGUCGACCGGACGGCCGCCGGUUCUUCCCAGAUGGAUCACCUCCGGCGCGGUCGUCGGCAUGCAGGGCGGCACGGACGCCGUCCGCCGUGUGUGGAGCCAGCUGCAAGACCACGACGUCCCGGUCUCCGCAUUCUGGCUGCAGGAUUGGGUUGGACAGAGGAAGACGGCCAUCGGGUCGCAGCUCUGGUGGAACUGGGAGGUCGACGACGAUCACUACGCCGGCUGGAAGGAUCUUAUACGCGACCUCCGGAGCGACGGCGUGAGGACGAUGACAUACUGCAAUCCCUGCCUCGUCCCGGUGUGUGAGAAGGGGAAUGCGAGGCGGCACCUGUACGAGGAGGCCAAGGAGCUGGGGAUCCUGGUGAGGGACGAGGCCGGCGAGCCGUACAUGAUGCCCAACACGGCGUUCGACGUGGCCAUGCUGGACUUGACCAACCCGGAGGCGUGCUCCUGGUUCAAGGGCAUCCUGCGCGGGAUGGCGGACGAAGGCGUCAGCGGCUGGAUGGCCGACUUCGGCGAGGGCCUUCCGCUGGACGCGCGGCUCCACUCGGGGGAGGACCCCGUGGCGGCGCACAACCGGUACCCGGAGCUGUGGGCGCGCGUCAACCGGGAGUUUGCCGACGAGUGCAAGCCGGAGGAAGGGCUGGUGUUCUUCGUGCGGGCGGGGUUCAGGGAGAGCUCCAGGUGGGCGAUGCUCUUCUGGGAGGGAGACCAGAUGGUGAGCUGGCAGGCCAACGACGGCAUCAAGAGCAGCGUCGUGGGCCUGCUCAGCGGCGGCCUCUCCGGCAUCCCGCUGAACCACAGCGACGCCGGCGGGUACUGCACCGUCGACCUCCCGCUCCUGCGAUACCGACGGAGCGAGGAGCUCCUCAUGCGGUGGAUGGAGGUGAACGCCUUCACCGUCGUCUUCCGCACCCACGAGGGGAACAAGCCCGGGUCCAACUGCCAGUUCUACUCCAACAGCCGGACCCUCGCGCAUUUCGCGCGCUGCGCCAAGAUGUACAAAGCCUGGGAGUUCUACCGCAUCCACCUCGUCAAGGAGGCGGCGGAGAAGGGCCUCCCCGUGGCGCGGCACCUCUUCCUGCACUACCCGGAGGACCGGCGUGUGCAGGAGCUGACGUACCAGCAGUUCCUGGUCGGGACGGAGAUGCUGGUGGUGCCGGUCCUGGACAAGGGCAGGACCGCGGUGACCGCCUACUUCCCGACGUCGGACGGGGGGUCGUGGAGGCACGUGUGGACCGGCCAAGAGUUCGGCGGUGGGCGCAGGAGCGGGCACGGUAGCGUAGGAGAGGCCACGGUGCACGGGUUCGAGGCCGAGGUCAGUGCCGGCGUCGGCUGCCCGGCCGUGUUUGUGAGGGUUGGGUCACCCGUUGGUGAAAGGUUUACAAGAAAUUUGAGAGACCUCGGUGUAAUUUAACUGGACGAGUAAAUGGAAACAACAACCAAACAGUUGGUUCUCAA